CAAGGUCUGGGGAGGAAGAGGAGAAUUCAUCAUGUAAGACAGAGAAGAGGGAAUGUUAAGAGGGUAUUUUAGAGAAGUUGGCUUUCGUUCAAUCCCAGAGCCCUUCUUGGAGUCAGCAGCCUUGGUUACCGAUAUUAGGAAUGAAAGAGUAGGAAGGAGAGUAGAUGGAAAGGGAGCUCAGAGCCCUGAGAGUGGAGCCUGGAGACAGCAAAGUCAGAGGGGAAGAUGGGAACAAGGAGCCACGAGGGGGUGAUCAUGGGACCAUAUGAUUUCAUUCUGGAAGGGACCUUCCAGUUUGUCUAGUCUAACCUAAUUUUAUAGAUAAAGCUGAGGCCUUCAGAAGUGAUGUGACUUACCCAAGGUCACAGGCAUAAUUAGUAGAACUGGGAUCUAAAUCCAGGUCUCCUGCCUCAAAAUCUUGUGCUCUUUCCCCAAUGAUACUCCGACGAUGGAGUGGAGGUAUUCUUAGGAAGACACCAUCCCUGGGCAUGGCACAGAUGCUCCUGCUGCUCCUGACUGCCUUGGUCCAAGCCCUAACUUCCUCAUCUGUGGCCUUCACAGGUGACAGCUCAGAGGAUCAGGCAUUCAAGGUGUCCAUUGGGGGUGACUCCCCUCUUCGAGGGGUCCUUGGGGGCUCCAUUACUAUCCCCUGUCACGUCUCCUACCUUAGGCCACCACCCCCAACCCCUCCCCCAGGCCGCAGGGCUGUCCUGGGCUCUCCCAGAGUCAAAUGGACUUUCCUGUCUGGGGGUCGGGAGGCUGAGGUGCUGGUGGCUCGUGGGCUCAAGGUCAAGGUCAGUGAAGGCUACAGGUACCGGGUGGCUCUACCUGGAUAUCCAGCCUCAACCACUGAUGUCUCCUUGGUGCUGAGUGAACUGAGGUCCAAUGACUCUGGCUUAUAUCGUUGUGAAGUCCAACAUGGGAUUGAUGAUGGCAGUGAUGCCAUUGAGGUCAAGGUUAAAGGGGUCGUCUUUUUGUACCGAGAGGGCUCUGCCCGCUAUGCUUUCUCAUUCUCCCAUGCGAAAGAGGCUUGUGCCCGUAUUGGGGCCCGAAUUGCUAGCCCUGAGCAGCUCUAUGCUGCUUACCUUGGGGGCUAUGAACAGUGUGAUGCAGGAUGGCUAUCAGACCAGACUGUAAGGUAUCCCAUCCAGACUCCCCGAGAGGCCUGUUAUGGAGACAUGGAUGGAUUCCCUGGAGUUCGUAACUAUGGCAUGGUGGAUCCAGAGGACCUCUAUGAUGUUUACUGCUAUGCUGAAGAUCUAAAUGGUGAGCUGUUUCUGGGCUCUACCCCAGAUAAGCUGACCUUGGAAGAGGCAAGGGCUUAUUGCUGGGAACGGGGAGCAGAGAUUGCCACAACAGGACAACUUUAUGCAGCUUGGGAUGAAGGCCUGGACCGGUGUAGCCCUGGGUGGCUUGCUGAUGGCAGCGUGCGCUACCCUAUUGUCACACCCAGACAGCGCUGUGGGGGAGGCCUGCCUGGUGUCAAAACACUGUUCCUCUUCCCUAAUCAGACUGGGUUUCCUAAUGCACACAGCCGUUUCAACGUCUACUGCUUCAGAGACCCUGCUCAAUCCUCUGUCUCCCCGAGGAAUCCCUAUCCAGCCUCAGAUGGGCUGGAGACCAUUGUCACAGUGACAGAGACCCUUCAGGAACUUCAGCUACUUCAGGAGGCCACACAAAGUGAGUCUCGAGGAGCCAUCUACUCUGUCCCCAUUUCAGAGGACAGCAGGGGAAUUAGCUCCACCCCAGAGGACCCUGAAGAGGCCCCCAAGAUAUUCCUAGAAAGUGCUGAAUUGGAGAAAGGAAGAGAAAGUCAUAUUUACUCAUGUACCAGUUGCCUCCUCAUCACCUCACCUCAAGUUCAAGAGGAUGGAGACCUAUCAGUUACCCCGCCCAUGCCGUCUUCUGAGGAGGAGGAGCAGGAGGAAGAUGAGAAGGUAAUAGAGGAAGAGGAUGAGGAGGGACAAGAGGAGGGAGAAAAGGAGGAGGAAGUGGAAGAUGAAGCUCCUUCUCCGGUACUAAGUGAGAUCCGGGAAGUAGCCAUAGAGAAUGGCUCCCUCUCUACUGAGCCUCCCCAUGAGGAAAGGCUGUCUGAGGCCCCUCUGGUGGCCCAGGUGUCUGUGCAUCAUGGUGCCAUGCCCUCUCCUGGGGGGCAGCCAGAGGGGCCCAAGCAUCCAAGAGUCAGGGGGCCGUCCACCGAGACCCUACCAACCCUUAGAGCUAUGGCUCAUGGGGAAGGGAGCCAAGCAUCCCCUCCACCCACUACACCUGUCGGUACUGAGGAAGAAGAUGAGGAAGAGGUCGGAGCACCGGAGCUAUCUGGCGGCACUCCUCCCUGGGUCCCUCAUGGAGAAAGUGAUGAAGUGGGGAGCUCUGAAGAGGCACCCGGUCUGUCUCCAACAACUGGGACACUGCCAGGAGUGGAGGGGAAGGAGGGGGCAGGGGACAGGGUGGCCCCCCCUGAAGAGGCUCUGGGAAGGACAGCACCUGUGGAGACCUCCGUCAGGGCCCAGCCAGCGCUACCCACUGAGAGCGCAGGCCUGGGAGCUGCGGGGGCUGCAGCCCCCUCACCAGGUGAUUGUGUGCCCAGCCCCUGUCACAAUGGGGGGACAUGCUACGAGGAGGGUGAUGGUGUCCACUGCUUAUGUCUUCCCGGCUAUGGGGGGAACUUGUGCGAGAUUGGACUCCGAUCCUGCAGUUCAGGCUGGGAUGCCUUCCAGGGUUCUUGCUACAAGCAUUUUUCAACUCGGAGGAGCUGGGAGGAGGCUGAAACUCAAUGCAGGAUUCAUGGAGCCCACUUAGCCAGCAUCAGCACACCUGAGGAGCAGAAUUUCAUCAACAAUCAAUACAGAGAAUACCAAUGGAUUGGGCUGAACGACAGAACCAUUGAGGGAGAUUUCCUGUGGUCAGAUGGAGUUCCCUUGCUUUAUGAGAACUGGAACCCAGGGCAGCCAGACAGCUACUUCCUAUCUGGAGAAAACUGUGUGGUCAUGGUCUGGCAUGACCAGGGACAGUGGAGUGAUGUUCCCUGCAACUACCACCUGUCCUAUACCUGCAAGAUGGGGCUGGUGUCCUGCGGACCACCCCCAGAGCUGCCCUUGGCUCUGGUCUUUGGCCGGCCAAGGUCCCGCUAUGAAGUAGAUGAUGUGCUUCGCUAUCACUGCCAGGAAGGGCUGGCCCAGCGCAACUCUCCCCUGAUCCGGUGCCUUGAGGAUGGCCAGUGGGAGCCCCCUCAGAUUUCCUGCGUGCCUAAACGUCCUGCUCGAGCCCAGCUCCAGAGGACAGCCCCGAAGGAGCGACAGGCAGCUAGGAGGGCCGGAGGCUGCUGGGCAAUUGGUGGACACUGCUGACCCCUGGACCAGGCCCCCCCACCCCCCACCCCGACACCCAGGCCCCACCUCCUCUCUUCCUCCCUCCCUUUCUCCUGUCGGGGCAGGGCCUCGAACAUGUGGUUCAGGGCAGGGACCCCUAAUCUCAUUGACUGACUCCCCCCCAGCCCCAACUCAACAUCUCCACCCUGAUAGGCAGCUCCUUGGUUGGUGCUUUUCUUAAUGUUCCCCCUUGGGGUCACAGGAUGUGACGUUGUAACCGGGAUGGCCUUAGUGACAUUAGGAAUAGGGACCAGCAAGAUCUGACCAGAAGUCCUGGGGGACCAGAAGUAACCUCAUUGCCCCUGUCGGGCUGCUUAGGGAAAGGUACCAGUCUGGGGUCUUCCCGCUGCAAGGCUACUGGGACCUCCCUACUCCUGCUGGGGCUUCGCUUCCCUAGUUACAGCUGUCAGUCUCCAAGUGCCUCAGUCAACUCCCCUCCCCAGCCCUUACGCUUAAAGGACAAGACUCAGCUUUGUAUGAAGUGGGAUCCGUGGGGUUGGGUGGGUUCCUGGCCUGGGGGGUAUUGGUCUAAGUGCCCUCAAGAGGAAAACAGGCAAUAAAACUAUUUGACAUUGAGAUUGAUAUCAGGGCACGUGUUUGGGGGUGAGGAUGAAAGGCAAAAGAGAAUUUCUAAUAAUAGACCAAUAAUAAUAAUAGCCAGCCUUAAUAUAGUGCUUUAAAGUUUGCUUUACAUAUUUUACCUUAUUAGAGCCUCACAACAGCCCUGAGAGGUAGGUGCCAUUAUUAUUCCCAUUCUACAGAUGAGGAAAUUAGCCACAGAGAGGUUUAGUGACUUGUGUCUGAGUCAAGACUUGAACUCAGGUCUUCCUGACUCCCAGUCUCACAGUGUGCCCACCCUGACACCUAGCUGUUGCCACUCAGGGAAAAAUUGACUUUUGUUUUUAAAGUGGCAGAGGAGUAUCUGGGGAUCGAGUAGACCCCAGGUUGUCAAGGAGUGACAAAGGCCCAGCCUGGUGGUGGCUGUUGUAGAAUAAGAGUAAUUAAUGAGGACCUCGGUUCCAGACUGGCUCCCACGCAUGGACGCAUGCAUACUGCCCAGUUUGAGAGAAAUAAACAUGGAUACACCCUAAAAAAAAAGAGUAAUUAACUAAUGAUGAUGAUAAUGAUAAUACUUUCAUGGAUUCUUUAUCUCAUUGAAGUGGGUACUUUCUUUACUGGUGCAAAUCACUUCUCAUCUAAUUCUUAUCCCAGGCGAUUCUUAUCCAUAUCAUCCCAUAAAUUCUUCAUAGAAUAUCUACCCUACAUGCCGGUAGCCUUCCUCUAGGCCUUGGAGCAUUCUGUGGGUACCAGGACAGCAUCUGAACUAUCUAUCCCUUGCCCUGGAUACCUCACCCUUGAUAACUUCCUUUAAAAUCAUAAUUGGUAGCAUGAUGUGACCUGUUUAUAUCCAUCAUAAGUCUCUAUUGCCCUUUCCAUCACCCACCAUUCUGAUUCUUUAGAGAUGAUACUGUUCUAUGGUUCAUAGCUCAAGAGAAGAGAGAAUAUCAGUGCAGAGAAAAAUGGGUUUUUGAGUCAGAGAACAGCUUGAAAUCAUUACAAACGCAUCAUGAUUUUCCAAACUGUAAUGGAAUUUCCCAUUCCAUUCUCCUCUUCGCCCUUAAUUCUGGGCCCAGGCCAUUGUCCGUCUGCAGUACCUAUCCACCAAAAUAUAGGUAUCAUUGGAUUAACUCAAUAGGUCACCUAUCCAGUUUCAUACCAUGAUCUGGGCAUUCUUCAUCUAUUUGGUUUUGUCUCCUGUAAUCAUUAGACCAAUCUAUUUGGUGUAACUGUGGAUCCAGACAUGGCACAAUCAGCAUAAUGUCAUCCUCAAACCAGAAGCAUCUGAGAGACCUCACCAUCUAUAGGGAAUCCCUUUUUCAUUUGGACUAUGUUCUAGACAUCCUCCAGUACAAUGUCCAAAACUUUCAGUGAGCAUACAUCUCCCUGUUGUAUACCUUAGUCCAUAUUAAGGAUGAGAAGAUUGUUGGACAAAGUUCUCUGUGUUAUUGCCUCUAUCAAGGUAAUCUUGGAUGACCUUGAUGUAUGAUGAAUAAGACCACAUUUUGCUCCGUUGGGUCUAAUAAUUUUUUGUAAUCAACAAUGGAUGUAUCAGAUUUUGUAGUCUCUGCGCCUCUUAGUCAAUCGUAUGACUGUGAAGAUGUGGUCUUUGUUAGAAAAUCAUUUGCAAAAGCCUAUCAGUUUCUUUCUCAUAUUCUCAUCAAUGACAUCCUUAAUGACAUAUGUAAACCAUUCUCACAGACAUUUUGAAGAGAUAAUAAAAGUAGGCUUAUGGGUUGGUAUUGCUGACGUCUUUUUAGCAAACUUAAAAAAAAUACCAUUCAUUAUCUUUUCCACUCUUUUACUAUGUUUCCAAGUUUAUCUUCCUAAAUAUCAUUUCUACCUUUUUAUCUAGUACUUCACUUGCUAAGGUGUUAGACUCCAGAUGUGCUAGCUAGUUCCAUUAUCAUUGCUGGUGAAAAUAGAUGGUGGCAAAUCUGUUUCAUUUUACACCUAUUUGUUGUAAAUCUUUAUAUUUAUAAAUGCUGUUUUGGCCUAAAUGAAUCUUACAACUAGUUCAUUGAAGCUUCAUUUUCCCCAAGUACUAUUUUUGUUUUUUUUUUUUUACUGUUUUCUAAGUCAUCACUGUUCACAAUUCUUCUGCCAUCAUUCUCUGAUACAUUUUGCAAAUAAUUCUAACUUACUCUAAAUCUGUGUUGCCUCCAUGUCUCUCUGCAUAGCAAGGAGAUGGUGUUUGUUGGCUAAGGCGGCUUCUGGGUUGUUUUAAUCUCAUGUGGGCACAUGUUUUACACUGAUUAAAUCUCCCUAAGAAAUGG